GCGCUGCAGUUGGUGGUAUAAAAGCCACUUGCUGGCGGCACCACUGGACAGUGACCAGCAAACGAGUGGCCCAGGCAGUUCCUCCAUCACAAACACACAAUGAAGAUUCACUUUCUAUCCAUUCUGGGCUAUCUCCUCGUGGGCUGUGCUGCGCUCUCCCAGGCCAGCUUUCUGCCUGCCACUGCUGUAGGGGUGCCUGCCAACGCUCUGGGAGUUCCAGCUGCAGUGCCACCGCCCACCAGCUAUCAGUUUGUGGCACGCAAUUGGAAUCGUUUCUAUGUGCCAACAGCCACGGGUGUGGCCACAUAUCAUCCACCAGCCACAACGUACUACAAGUACAAUGGUGGCUAUCCAGCGUAUCCCACAGGCUAUCCCUCAGGCUACCCCGCUGUUUAUCCCUCUGCGUAUCCCUAUGGCUAUGGCUAUAAUCCCUACUAUGGCUACAAGAGUGUCUGGUGAGGCAUUUCCCACCCAGCAUUCAAUCCAUUUUGUGAUAAAUAUUCAACACCAAAUCAAAGUAUUACAAAGCAAAUAUAUAACCCAUUUAUAACCCA